AUGCUGCCGAUGAGCAGGGAAAGCUGGGUGCUCAAGGAGGCCGCGGUGCUGAGCGCCAAGAGCGAGGCCUGGGAGCGGAGCGCCGUGCACCUUGCCACCCGCGAGUCUUGCAGCCGGCCGCAGUCGAGGCAGAGUUCCAGGCCAAGGACCGCCGCGAGUCGGCCGAGCUCGGUGGGCUGCCGAAAGCCAAAGCGUGCCGUCGCCAGCCUGUCAGAGCUCAAGGAGUCGAACCGCACGGCGACGUGGCUCCAGAACUUCGCCGCCUACGAGCAGAGCGCGCAAGCGCUCCAGGCGCUGGGAGACAUCCGCCGGAGUUCGCUUCAGAGGAUGUCCAGCGCCCCGGAGGUGAGACCCUCCUCCGCCACGAAUCGGAGCCGCCGGGCGCAGGGAGGAGGCGCGACGCCGGAACGGCAGCGUACACCGAACGGCCGCCGUUUGAGGAGACAGUGCUCAGGCUUGCGCGCGGCUGAGGAACGCGCGUCACGCAGAGAGGAGCUCUCCGGGUGGCCGUCGCCCUGGGCGGAUUCGGAACCUGUGGUGCCCAGGACGGUCAUCGCCGGCUCCACGCUGGUCUUCGCCCGCACUUUGUACAAGACGGCCAAGCAGUACGCGGACAACAAGAAGCCCCGGCCUCAGGAUUAG